CAGUGUCAAACGGGACGCGAUCGGUGUCAGCACGGGAAACAUUAUCAAAAUCGAACCCCCCUCGAACGGGCGCUUUGCUUUGCUUUGCGUUUCCUACCUACCUAACGCGUUAAAUCGUUUUGUUUGUCUCCGACAACAUGCUGAUGAUGAACGAAUUCGGUUCGAUGGCUUCGGCCAACAUGUUGCCGUUCAACUCCAUGUGCCCCGGCCUGUUCGAACACCAGAUGCCAAGACCGCCGAGGAUGGCUUUCAAGAUGCCCCGGGUCGUGCCCGACCAGAAGAACAAGUUCCAGACGGACGACCUGUUCAAACGGCUGAGCCGCGAGAGCGACGUGAGGUACACUAGCUACCGGGAUAGACCGCACGAGGAACGGCAAAAUCGUUUUCAAAUGGGUUGUCGCGAAGGCCAUGUGGACAUUGCUUUUGCCAACACCGGGACGAACUUGCAACUGAUGUUCACUCCAAACAUGCCGGCCAUGACGCCCUACCAUCAGCCCACCAUUGGCUAUUGCGAUUUCGAAAAAGAACGCGGAAUGGUGCACAUUCUGUCGCCGUUCAUAAUGAACGGGGUUUGCGUCCAAUGGCGAGGACGGAUCAAUUUGGAAAAACUGGACGGGGUCGGUUGCUUGGAGUACGACGAAGAGCGAGCCAUGAUUGAACACCAAAUACUUCAGGAGCAAAUCGAAAGGUACAACAACCGCGUUAAAGACCAACAAGACAAAUCGCGCUCGUACAGGCCACAGGAACGCGUCCAUGUGCCCGAAAUGGAUCCCGGCAAGAGAUACAAUAAUUUCUAACCCAGUUGAUUGUUUUUGUUUUUUUAUUAAUUUUAUUUUUUGUUUUAUAUUAUUAUUAUUAUUAUUAUUAUUAUUGACUAAAAUAUUGUUGGUGUAAGAAAAAAAAAGUCUUGUAAACCCCGCUUGACCUAACCGUUUACACUUGACAAUUUAUUAUUGUAUGUUUUACUUUUUUUUUUCUUCGAGGCA